AUGAGCACGAAAGUCAAUCGCAAUCGAACAAUGGGAAUGCGAAGAGUUGGCGUACGUGGGAGCAGCACAUAUGAGGGAGAGUACGAGUACUCUUCAGGUGAUAAUCCAAAGCGAAUUCAGGAAGAUUUUGUAGAAGUGGACGUAGAUGUCAUUGAUAUUCCGCCAGGUCGAUGGCGAGUAGUAACAUCUCAUGUUCCUGAGCGUCGUUUCAUGAUCGUCAAAUUUGCAACAAAUGAAGAAAUCUCGGAGGCUCGAAAACUCAUUUCUAGCAAUGAAAAUGAUGGUAGUCGCAAAAGAAGAAAAGAAGUGGAUGACCAAGGUUUUACAUAUUUAUGGUCGUCAAAGGAGAAGGUACGGCCUGGUUUAAAUGUUUUCGACGAAAAAGGCAACGAGCUGGAAUGGGAUUAUGAACAUGACACACGAAAGCGUCGUCGCAUAGCUGCUCGUCUCGCAAUGUGUGAUGAUGAUGAUGAUGAAGAAGAGGAAGACGAAAUUUGGAGCAAGCGAACAUCGUCUCCAACACCACAACCUUGGGAUCGACCAAAAGGUCGGCUUGCUAAUCGAGUCACACGAGAGUAG